AUGACACAUCCAUUAAAAUGGAAAGUAUACCCAUAUCAAGGAAAGCUGUACCAAUAUAAUGUCACAGACCCUGAGGAUGCGACACCAAUUCCAACAGGAGAGGUCAUCACUGCCGAUGGGUGGGAGGAAGAACGUCUGGUGAUUGUAGCCAAUGGCACUCUGCCAGGCCCGCCUAUCAUUGUAUACGAGGGACAGCGACUUGUGGUCCACGUCAUCAACAAACUCCACUCGGACACCGUAACGCUACACUGGCAUGGCCUACCUCAACAUGGUACCCCUGGAUGGAUGGAGUUGCCUUCAUUACACAAUGUCCCAUUCUGCCAGGUAAAAGCUUCUUAUGACUUUAUUGCUCGACCCAGAGGGACAUAUUGGUAUCACUCACAUGUUGGAACACAACGGACAAAGGGCCUCUAUGGAGCUUUGGUGGUUCGAGACCGAAACGAUAAUAUGGCUGAGCAUAACAUAGUGGUUCAAGGAUGGAAUCACCACUGGUCUGCAGAUAUGGAUCAAACAAUGUUUAAAAACGAUGGCAUAUAUGAAAGUCGCGUAAAAUGGAAAAAUUCCUAUUCAUUAGAUGGUGAAUUUUACUCGACACUUCUCUUGACAUCAGCUAUAAUAAAUGGUAGAGGGCGUUACUACAUCAACUGGGUUACGCAAGAACACAACAACGCCCCUCUCAGUAUUUUUAAGGUUCGACAGGGCCAAAAGUACAGAUUUCUAGUUAUAAAUGCAGACAACCUCUAUCCUUUCCGAAUAUCAGUAGACAAUCACAACAUCAGUCUCGUGGCAACGGACGGAUAUGAUAUUCGGCCCAUUCUCGCUGAGUCUUUCGUCAUUCAAGCUUGGGAACGGUACGACUUUGUACUGACAGCAGAUCAAGCUAUUAAGAACUACCGGAUCCGAGCACGUACUUUAGAAAUUGAAGCGGAUCGGAUUCAUAGGGCAGAUGCCAUAUUGAGGUAUGAAAAAGCAGAAGAUGAUGAACCUGUAAGUUUCCCCAGGCCUUGUUCCGUUGAUAGCAAAUGUCUUGUCGUUAACUGGCCUUUCCCGUACUUUCCGGAAGAUGCUUUUAUAGACUGCCUGCAGGUUGACAAUAUUGAAGCGUUUGAAAUCAAUGACCCUGUACCCUUGGCGUCUGAUGGUCGAUUCAGAGAAUAUUUUCUUAAUUUUGCAUUUCCUGGGAUAGAUGGGUACGGACCGUCUUCUGUGAAUGGACGAAGGUUCGAACUACCGCCCGUGUCGGCACUGACACAGCCCCGCGAGAUAGAGUCCGGGUGUGAUAGGACAGAAUGUGGCGAGGAGAAGGUGUGUGAGUGUACCCACACUCUAUCAUUGGAUUACGGCGAUGUCGUGCAGUUAGUUAUAAUGAGCAUGGGUAAAGGUGCCGGGGGUUUUCAUCCCAUUCACCUCCACGGAUAUUCCUUCUACGUACUAAAAGUAGUUUUCGGUAAUUACGACAGUACGACCGGACAUUAUAUAGGUCCCAAUACCGACGAUAUCAAUUGCAAUGGUAAUGGUAACCAUACAACUAGUUUAUGUAACGCUGCAAUGUGGAGGAACCAAUCAUGGGGCGGAGAUAAUAUCCCGGGUUUAAACCUCCUUAACCCCCCGCGGAAGGAUACAAUUCUCGUGCCUGCUGGCGGAUAUGCAGUGAUUAGGAUUUAA